AGUGCUAUUUCUAGCCAGCAUCUAUCCUGAGCAUAUCCUGUAUCGAUUGCGUCUGUUGGAUGAGGGGAGUCGAUUGCGUUUCACACGUCCUCAAAAUGUGGAGCCCCUGCAUUGUUCCCAUGCAUCCUCCGUGCCAUCGCCCAGCACAACACCGCUUGAACAGUGGGAUCUGUUUGUGCCGCUUAAUAAGCCCAUCCGCGCGUUCGCAUUAUAAAAAACCGUCAUCCCAUGCUGGUCGUCUUUGAUCCCUUCAUUCAUCUUUCCUGACAUUUGUCUACUACAUUUCUCCGCCCACAUGACGAUGGGUGACCACUUGUUUCCCAAUUACCUGAACGCCAACUUCCCAGCAGGCGAAUUCACGGCCGACCUCCUUGACUUUUCGCAGUUUUUGGGUGAACAGAUCACGACUACCUUCGACGUAGGCGACGCCGGUUCUACUGAUGACGACAGCCGGAGUGGUGUGAAUGGAGAAAUGAUGCCUCUUCCGAGGGUGUUCGAGUGCGGCCCCUCAACGACCGAAUCAGUCUCGACUGAAUCCUCGGACAUCGAGACUCCUUGCUGGGAAACGCUUCAACUCGUCGUCGCCGGGCGCACCUACAAUUCCCAGCUCAACGCCGCUGCUGCGGACCUAUGUCUCACAAGGAUCAACACCAUUGUGACCUCUACGCCUCUUGCGCCGCAGACCUAUUGGCAAGCAGUGCUAGAUGACGUGAUGCCAAGAGCGCUGGCGGAAUUCCGACUCGAACUAGCCGUCAAGGCCACCUCUUCCAUCAUUCGCACGGCUUUCACCUUGCUCGAAGAUGAUACAGCAUCUCUGAAUGAGAUCCUGGGCACUGAAGGAACAGAAAUCGCCGAACUACGUCGCGCCAUCAGCGAAGCUAUUCCCGGUAGACCGUGGCAUGAACGCCAGACGCGUACAGGCCGGGUCCUGUUCCUAAUGGCUGUGCUCGAAGGUUUCAUCAAUUAUUUGGGGGUGGCCAAUCAAUCACUUCGCGAAGCAGUUAGGAAAGACAGGGCAGCUGCGGCUGCUUUGCUGGCUCUUAUGCGUGCUCUCGAAAAGCUCGAUCAGCCUCAAAUCGAUGUGCUCGGAGGGUGGGCAGCAGAAACAUUCUUGGCCGCACCCACUGAACCCUCUGUCCCUCCGAGCAACGACGUCAGUGUCACGCCUACGACCACAAUCCAAGACCCUGUCGAAUCCGACGCAUGUUCGGAGUCUGGUUCAGACGACGAGCUACCUUCACCCUCCACGUUCUUUGAGCGUCCUCGCUGUCCCGUCAAGUCGACGUCCCACGCGACACCAAAGGUCAUCCGCGUUACUGAUCUCGACGUCGACUAUUUGGAUUCUGAGCCACCAUGCCCCGCCAUCACGACAGACCCCCUUGCCUCGCUGGAGACUGGAGUUGAUGUCGUCGACACUGUGGAACUUGGCCAUGAUUUUACGCUUUUCACGCCCAUAUCAGGCUCUGGCGACAUUGACGAGGUUUUUAUACAGCGCAAACGACCUUUUCCAGCCCUCAGGACUAUCCCACCUGACCAUGUGGAUGUCAUCUAUAUUUCCGACGCCGAGGAUGAGCCUGUGACCGCGCAGAAAUACCCACCCACGGUACGAAGAUCGCAUCGUGAUCACAACCCGUUAGUCCCCAACUGCACCAAGUGUCAUCCCCAAGAUUCGCAGCUGGGCAAGAGGAAGUGCCGCGCUUGUAACGACAAGGUGUCGUGCGCGAAACGAAUCAGAUCGGGCAAGCAUUGAGCUCUGAAAAGGGCUUUUACUCAGUAUGGUUGAUCGAGCGAUUUUCUUUAGUCAUCGUUAGCGAUAGAACCAAAAUCCGAGCCUUGAAUUUCUUAAAUUAUUCCAUGAGGAAAAUGGAUCUACCAGAAAUGGAGAUGACCAACCUAAAGCUUC